AUUGAUAAGUUUUGAGACUUAAUUGAGUUUGAAAUUAAUUUAAUUAAUGAAAUCAAGGACUUAAUUAAAGAAAUAUGAAAGUUUGGGGUUUUAAUUGGGGUCCAAAUUGCAAAAAUUAAAGUCCAAGGACUAACUUGUAAAAGGCACCGAAAUGCAGGGGUCCAAUUACAAAUUAACUAGGGGUUUAAUUACAAGACUUCCAAAACUUGAAGUACCAAAAUGCAAAUUGCCAUUAAACACUCCACUGUUCAUCUCCUCCAUCCCGAUUCAACAGAAACGGCUGAGAACGUGGGUAACGUUUUUUGCCCACGAUGUGCCAUUAAUACAUGCUAGGAGGUGUAAGGGUGUUGGGUGGCUUAUAAAGAUUGAGCACAGCAAAGAAAAAAGAGGAGGAAAAAACUGGGGCAAAGUUGGGGAAUUGGACUGAAAGGGGAGAAAAAAGGACAGUAGAGAGGGGGACAGAACCGAGGGGAAAAACAGGGGGAAAAAGGGCGAACAACAACAAGAAAAACACAGGGGAAGAACCCUCAUCUCCUGGGUGCAGACCUCCAUCACCGUCGACCAUCGUCAUCAUCUGCGUCUUCCUUUUCCAAUAAUAUCACAAGCAACAGCUUAGGAAAGGGAAAUUAGGGAAGACGCAUGCAGAAAAACAGAAACAGGGGAGCAAGCUUCAGUUCAACCGACAGCACCUAACAUCUUCAUCACCAUCGUUGAUGUCCUGAGCAGAGGAAGCACAUAAGGAAGACCAAGGAAAGAAGUAGACAAGAGUCACCACCAGCUUCACAACCGUUUUCGUCGCCUCCAGAAGCAGCAUCUCCAGAGCUCCAUCUUCAGCAGCCACUGCACCAGAAACAGGGCACUCCAGGAAAGAAAUACAGGGACGAACCGGGGAAGAAAAGGAGGAAGAGAAGGAAGAAGAGAGGAAGAACAAGAGGAGGCAGCGUCGUUCGUCCAGCAGUGCGCCAUCGUCUCCGGCUACGCCUUGCUGCACCAGGUUGAAAUAUAGGUUCCCCAUUGAAACCCGCUUAUAACACUCGUUCGAGAAAAAGACAAAUAGAAAACGAAGAAAGAGGCCAGUUGGAAGCCCAACAUCAAAAAGAGGUGGAGAAUCUUAAAGAAGAAGUCGCAAGGCUUACUAGUCUACUCGAGCAGGCCUUGAGAGAUAAAUCUGGAAAAGCAAUACUUACAGCUCAGCCUGAAGAUAUGCAUGUAACUCAUUUCGAUCCACAGAAUCUGGGGGCAAAUAGGGUGUCAUCUGAAUUUCAACAAGCUAUGCAUUUCCAGCCAGCAUACCCCUCAAGGAUACCGUUUACCAUUGAUUCUACCGAGAAAGAAUCUCAAAAGGGCAAGAUGGUGAAAGAAGAGGGUUUGGAAAAAUGGACUGCCUUAGAAGAGAGGAUAAGGGCAAUUGAGGGAAACCAUUUGUGCGACCUGGUGAAAGCUGUCAAUAUGUGUUUGGUGCCUAACAUGGUCAUUCCUAAGAAGUUUAGGGUGCCGGAAUUUAUUAAAUAUACGGGAACCCAAUGCCCUAUAACUCAUCUCAAGGCAUACUGCAACAAAAUGGCUGAGGUAGUUGAUGAUGAGAAAUUGUUGAUUCAUUUCUUUCAAGACAGCUUAAGUGGCGCUGCCCUCACUUGGUAUAUGCGAUUAAAUAAUACCAAGGUUAAGAAAUGGAAGGAUUUGGUUGAUGCCUUCAUGAGGCAAUAUAAGUUCAAUAUAGACGUGGGCCCUGAUCGGUUAAGCUUGCAAGCUAUGGAGAAGAAUAACAAGGAGUCCAUUAGAGAAUAUACUCAAAGGUGGCGUGAGGUCGCUGCACAGGUUAACCCUUCUUUGUUGGAAAAGGAGAUGAUCAACUUAUUUGUCAACACUUUCAAGGCCCCGUACUUUGAAUACCUGGUUAGAAGCUCUGCACAACAUUUUACUGACUUAGUUGUUAUAGCUGAGAGGAUUGAACAAGCCAUUGGGUUAGGUAAAAUUGUUGAUCCAACUGAAAAGAACGGUUUCACUGAAAAAGAAAAGGACACUGAAGGUGGUUGUCAAGGCACUUAUCAUUCCUAUAGCUGAUUUUUUCAUACCGACUCCCAGAUAUCAACUAUUUUGAAGAAAAGCUAUGGUGAUGGUAGGUCGAGAAUGAUCUACAAAUGACUUCAACUGACUGUUGAAAAGAUACCCUUGUCAAGGAGAAUAAAUGAUUGAAAGAUUCUAGAAAUUUCAAUCAAUGAUCACUAAAUGUUUAGCCCCUUUAUGAGUUAUCAUGCUAGUAUUCAUUAGCCCAAGAUGUUGUCAUAAGUUCCUUGUGGUUGAACUUAUUUUCCAAAGUUUCAAUGAAAUAAUGAGUUUGUCAUUCAA